AUGUCACCGCCAUUCGUCAUCACGCCGCGGCAUAUCUUUGACACGCCGCCAGACAGCGCCACCACCACCGAGCCCCCCUCCACCGCCGUACCAGGAGCCUGCUUUCCGCCCUCUCCUCCACCAUCUCCCAAAGCGACCACCCGCUCGUACUCACCGAGCGCCGCCGACGACGUCUUCCGCGCCCUCCGCCUCCACCACGCCGGACAUCUCCCACACAGUCAGGACUGGCAGACCUUCCGCCUGAAACGCGCUGCCUUUGCCGACCUCCAGCAACGCCUUUCACAGGAGGUAGCCUUACUACAUCACUACUCCGAGCGUGUCCGGUACGACUACGACCCGGAAGCGGAAAGGUUCACCCUUCGCAUGCCAACAUGGGUGCAUGAGCUCUACAUCAGCCUGGUGCGGAAGACGAUUACGGAUGCUGUAAACGCCCUUGCGGAGAAGCUUUGUCGGAGUGAGGAUGGCGGGAAGAGGAGAGUAGGUGAGGCGCUUAGGAGAGUGUAUGAGGGUGGCAGUCCGACGCUGAGGCUGUGCGUGCCAAGCUUGGAGGGGAGUAGUCAGGAAAGCGAUGGAGAGGAGAUGGUGACUAGGAGGAGUCCCGACGCGACAUGGAUCUAUGAGUCGGUGGCCGCGAGCAAUGGGUAUCCGCCGUUGGUCCUUGAAGUCUCCUACUCACAGCAACGUAAAGACCUACCACGGCUCGCCGAAAGCUACAUCGUCGACUCCAGCCAUGGGGUGAGGUGUGUGGUGGGUCUGGAUAUCCCGUACGCUUCCAGCACUAUCAAGUCUGAGGCAGACUCAUCGACAUUCGAUGAUUGGACAAAUACGCCGGCGACGGUAUCAGUCUGGCGCGCUGCUAUCGAGACAGACGCGGAAGGCGACAAUGUCGGCAUCUGCAGGCAGGACGUCGAUUCUGCCGACCUGUGCGGUACGCAGUCAGAGUCAUCAACCACGCCUACCGCUAUCAUUCCUCCGAGCAGCAGCCUCGAGUUGGACGUCCAGGACUUCCUUCCUCCGCACAUCACAGCCUCACUCCCAUCUUCCGCCAUUGACAGCGAGAGAAUCAGCAUCCCCUUCACCACCCUCCACACCCUACUCACACAAACCAUCGAGCGCACGACGCAAGGUACAUCUUCUUCUUCCGUCUCCGACCAACCCACUACUGCCGCCCGACCACCCCUGCGCUUUCGCAAACGUAAGCGCUCGCCUUCUGAGGAAUUGUCCGAUGACCGUGAAGACUUGUACUUGCGGCAGGAGCUUUCAGACAUUGCAAAGGAGGCGAGGAGGGAUGAGGAGUGGGCGGCCGCGGCGAAGAGGCGCAGUCGGAGUCGUGGGAGGAGGGUGGUAGUGAGGAAGGAAGAGGAGGCGAGUGAGGGAGAGGAGAAGAAGCCAUUUGCGCUGCCGCGAAGAAGAAGCGAGAGAAUUGCUGAGAAGGGUGGGUGA